AUGGGCACAGACACCGCGUCCGAAUCUCCAGAGUCCCCAGUUGAACCCCAUCCUCCCGACGCUCUGAGAUGGACCGACGAGCAUGAUCCAGAGAACCCGUUCAACUGGCCAGCGACGAGGCGUUGGGGAGUGGUGGGUCUGGCAUGCUACGUAACUUUCAUUGUCGGGUGGAAUGCCACCACAGUCUCGGGAGCAGCAAUAGAGAUCGGCGAGUACUUCGGCGUCAGUGAUCAGAGCUUUCCCAACUCCUUCUGGCCCGUUACAUCUUGGACGACUGGUGCUGCUGUGGCGCCAAUGAUCGUGCUGCCCAUAAUGGAGGAUUUUGGCGUCCGUCCAGGAUAUCUGAUUUCUUAUUUCAUAUUUUCGAUCUUCGUCAUUCCGCAAGCUGUGGCUACGAAUUUCGCAACACUGCUCGUCACUCGUUUCUUUGCUGGCUGUUGCGCGGGAAUUCUACAGGACGGAACCGACGGCAUUGUCGCUGACUUGUUCCCUGAUCCUGUGAGGCGAAGUCUACCAAUCAGUUGUUAUGUGUUUUCCCUCCUUGCCGGAGUUACAAUCGGACCAGUCAUUGGCGGUGCUAUCAAGGAACACUUAUACUGGCGAUGGAUAUUCUACAGCCAACUUUGCAUCUACUUUGGCUCGUUUCCAAUGAUAUUCCUGAUCAUGAAAGAAACCCGGGGCCCGGUCAUCCUGCUGAAGCGGGCCAGAAGAAAUGCAUCUAAUCAACAACAAGGCAACAUCUCGGAACUAGAGAAACAGCAGCAUCACUUCAGCCCCGUCCAAUUUUUGAAAGAAAACGUUGUGCGACCGGGCUAUAUGCUCGUCACCGAACCGGUCGUCUUCUUCUUCACACUCCUGACAGCGCUCUCCUACGGCAUUGUCUUUGUCUCCUCGCAAAGUGUCACUCAGGUCUUCAUGAAGCUGUACGGCUGGCCAGAGCAUACAACUGCCUAUGUGCAAGCCGCGAUCGUGGUCGGCGAGUUCCUCGGCCUCCUCAUAUGCUUGUAUCAGAACUACUUAUUCGAGAGGGCUUUCCGGCCCCAAAGCCGCACACCUAAGUCCCGACUUCCAGAAGUCCGCCUGUAUAUGAGCAUUCCGGGUUCGUUUAUUGGUCUUGCCGGUGGACUGUUUUGGUACGGCUGGACAAGCUACAGGUCCUUGCAUUGGAUUUUGCCCACCAUCGGAUUAACCCUGACUGGCAUAGGCAGCAUGGUGGUCAUGCAGGCCGUCAUGAUGUAUCUCACAGACGCUUAUGCCAAGUAUGCCGCGAGUGCCAGCGCCGCUGCUUGCGCCGGCGAAAACAUCUUUGCCGCUUUCUUGCCCCUGGCGGCUCAGUCAAUGUACACCAACCUGGGAUUUCAGUGGGCCAGCAGUGUAUUGGCAUUCAUUGCGCUGGGUCUUAGCUUUGCGCCGAUAGUACUGAUUUUCUACGGCGAGACCAUCAGGAAAUGGAGUCCGUUCAUGUCCCAGGCGGCGUAUGAAUGA